AAGAGUGAUAGACAAGAGAUGUCAGCAUUUUGGGUGCAAUAACUGAUUGGCACCGCUCAAUACGGUCAGCGGAAGUUAUCCGCCCCCACAACCAUAUUCGAUGCUUUGCAUAUUCGUAAGCCGCCCCAAUGAUAGCACGCAGGUGGUGCGGUUUUAUCCGAGCUGAAAUGAGGGUUAACUUCGUCUCCCAAAAACUCGCAUCCUUCCUCAUCAUUCUCAUUAACUACCACCAUCCCUUUAAGAUGCAAUUCCACAAGCUUCUAGCCGUUGUCUUUGGACUAAUUCCUCGUGCCGUUACCAGCUCAAACUACUCAGCAUGUCCUGAUAUAUCGCCCGGUCCAGCUACAAUUUUUCAGCUGGUGGAGCUUUACCCAUAUCUCCACUUGCAGAUCCAAUUGCGGCAGAAAAUAUUCGUAAUACUUCAGCUCUUUACGCUUUUGCAGUUGAUGGCCAUAACGUGAGCAAGCUGCUUUUCUCGAAAUUUCACUCUAGAUUUCGCACUCUGUCUUUUUUCUUAUGCAUGUCACGACUUCACCGAAGUCAAACUCUCCAUUUUUCCUCGUGCUUGCCAUUCUUAUAGUAAUUAUCAUCGCACGAAUUACUAAUAUCCCAAUGCUAUAAUGGGCAGCCUAUCUCGAGUUUUCGCCCCAAACGCACGAGCAAACUACUCAGCAGCGAUAGGAAUCCUCUACGGCCCGGGAGAAAUCGCGAAUUAUAUAUCCACAAGCCUAGCUUCCUUUGUAGGAACACAGCAUAGAUACGGAACGCAAUACAUAACUAUAUGUUCGCCAAGCAGCGCCAUCUCCGUGACAUGUUCUUAGGCAAGCUACUUUUCCCUGCCGGAUGUUGCGCCUGUUGUCGAGGAUGAUAGUCAUACCUUUUUUGCUACUGGACGGUAUGGAGAUACUUGGAUGAAAGAGACUAAUGGAAGUUGGAAGAUUGGGAAUCGGAAUUUGGUUUUACGGUAAGACUUCGGUUGUUCUCGGGUUGUGAAUGAAGUGGGGCUAAUGCUUUGAUUUAGGGUCCCUUGAUUUUGGAUACGGAGUAGUGGUUCAAUCAUUGUGUAUCAAGCACUAUCAUAAUCAAAGUGAUAGCUUUGGAGACAAUGGAGCUCUCGAGCUCUCGGAACCUGAGGCAUGAUGUGAUUCUAAAAUAUCGCGCCAUGAACCUCCAGAAACAAUUUCUUUUCAAGCUUGUGACGAGGGCCCGGUUCUGUGCUUGCUUUAGAGUGAAGGAGAAGAAUUGAUUCCAUUUAUGAAUCUGAGCGGUAAUUUAAUGUCAGAGAGGAGUAUGACGAUGGCCAUAGGUUAUCAAUAUCAGAGACAAGUAGAUGAAUGAGA